CGGGAGCACUUCCGGUAGCGUUUCCUGUCAGUGUUUGUAAACUGAGGAAAAAUUGGAAGUGCGACAAGAUAAAUUGAUCUCAGAAACUCUUAAGAUCCAAAGGCUUGUGCCCCUGAUGAUUUUGGUGGGUGCGGUGUCUUCCGUCUCCCCUCACCCUGAGUGACGUCCUCUCUGUCCCCCCCAUCCCCUACUCCCCACACACAUUCAAACUGCCAAGAUGACACACCAUUCCAACACUUCUGUUCGAGAUCAUAUGAAAUGGGUCAGUGCUGGACUUCUGGGCUGUGAGGCAGUGCUGUCCAGCAUGGCACUGAUGCAGGCAAACGGCAUUCCAGGUCAGAAGAAGAUGAUGUCACCACUAGGCCAGGGCCAGAGGGACAACCCUGAGAGUCACCAUUCCCAUCACAGCCACGGGCAUCAGCCUCACCACCACGGCCACCAGCUACACCACAGUCACAUGGGCCAUCCCUCCAAUGGAAGCUGCCCGCCACUGGUGAGAGACGCUGCAAAAAGCAGUCAGUUGUUGAUCAGAAAGGAUGGUGAUUAUCACGCAUCGAGAAUGAUGGAUGAAAAGGGCAUCCAGGCAAACCAGAAUAUGCAGCCCAAGAAAAAGCAUAAAAAAUCAGGGAUCCCCAACAAAAUGAAAGAGAAGAUGGAGCCCAUCAUGCCGCCCAUGGUCAUGGAGGACGACUCGCUGAAGGUGCAGAAGAACUUCAUCUGUGACCACUGCUACGGGGCGUACCGGAGCAGCUACCACCUCAAGCGGCACAUGCUCACUCACACAGGGGAGAAGCCGUAUGCAUGCGACUCGUGUGAAAUGCGGUUCAUCCAGCGCUACCACCUGGACAGACAUAAGCGUGUGCACAGCGGAGAGAAACCAUACCAGUGCGACCGGUGCCAUCAGAACUUCUCGCGGACAGACCGGCUCCUACGGCACCGGCGCCUGUGCACGGCGGGCGGCGUCGGCAAGGAGGAGAUCCAGGCGUGCUGCGACAGCCGCGCGUCGGCCUACCCCCAGGAUCCCCCCGGCCACACCGCCACCUGGAGCCCCCUACAGCCCUCCAACAACCGCCUGACUGUCUGACCCCUGCCCCCCCCCCCGCUGAAGGGUGGAGGGAGAGGAUGGAGGGACCGGCCCUGUGGAUGGUAGUGUAGCGAUCCACAGCCCCGUAGCACCACACCGUGGAGCUAGGUGGCGCUGCAGUCUCAAGGCGGUUCGGCCCACGGCAACCCAACCGGCCGGGAUUGCUCUCGCAAGCGGAUGCUAAGCGCUGGGUGUACAUUGUUCUCAACUUGUCCUUUUUUAUUUUUGUGGUUUGAGGGGGGGGGGGGGGGGGGGGGUGGGGGGUAGAUAGCUACUCUCAUGGUAUAUGACUAAUACAGGGUCAGUCGGUCUUGGUUAACGUCACUAUGGCAAUAAUCAAACAACGCACACACACAGAGUAAGGCCUGUGCCAGGAUGCAAGGGAAGACUAUAUUUUACUACAUGUGCUGUGGAAAAGAUCUUUUUUUCUUUUUUCAUUUUAUCUUUCUGUUCCUGUUUUAGUGGUACCACCACCAGGUAGAACCUAUCAGACACACUACUGAACUCGGUGCAUCACCACAUGUGCCAGACACCCGAGACGAGACUUUGUUUAUAAAAAGUGGUGUUGGACAGUCUUUUCCUCCUGCUAAUUGUGAUUUACUUCCCUCCCUGAUAGUUAGAGCUGCUUGGUUGAAUUGUGUCAUUGACUGUACUGCCUUUGGGCAGUAGUAAUCAUAUCUAACCAGUAGAUGUACUUCUUUCCUCUUGCAACAAAAAGGGUAAACUUUUCAGUUUCUGCAAUAGGGGGGGGUUUGUGUUCUAGAAUCAAACUGGCUAUCUUGCAUCCAGUUUGAAUAUAUACCUAAGUUAAAUCAAUCUUUCAUUACGGAUACAAGUCUUGUAUUCAAAUCACUAUAACUUCAAUCUUACUAUGCAGGCAUGCCUUUGACCUAGCAGAGAAAAUGCUAUUAAAAAUGAAUAAUUACCAGUUUAACCCCAUCGGAUUUCCAAAAAAAAAGUGUCAGUUUACUAGACGAUGGCGUUAUGUGAGAAUAUGUUUUUUUUUAGUGCUGUCAAGCGAUUAAAAUAUUUAAUCGUGAUUAAUGUCAUAGUUAACUCACGAUUAAACGCAAAAAAAAUUCUAUGUUAAAUAUCCCUUGAUUUCUUUGUCCAAUUAAUUUUAAUGCUCUUAUCAACAUGGAGAACUGCAUCGGCUUGCCUUGUGCAAAUGUUUUUUUAUUGAUAACAACAUUGGCAUAUACUGAUCAAAACAGGACGAUAAAAAAAAAGCCUAUAGUGCAAUUAAACGAUGAACAUACAAACGUACUGCCUUGAAUAUAGCAGGCAGGCUACUGCUUCUUUGUUUGGAGCCAAAGAAAAAAAGAAAAUAAUUGCGUUAAUCGUGCGAUAAAAAACGCCGUUAAAAUUGGUUUGCGUUAACGCCGUUAAUAACGCGCUUAACUGACGGCACCAGUUUUUUUCCAGAGUAGCCAUUUGGCCAUAAUUGGACUAGGUUAACAAACUUUGGCAUAAUAUUGGUAUUCUCACAUUUCUCACCAUCAUUUUCUGUACCGACGAUGAAUGACAUAACUGCUACAGAGCACAGUUCACAAGAAAACUUCUGGUCAGAGUUUUGGUAAACUAUUUCCUGAAACAAGUAUGAUUAUCUACAUCUAGGGAUGUCCAGCAAAAGUCCUAACGUUUGUAUGAUUCUGUUUUUGUUCAGAAAGGAGACUUGUGUAAUAACAUUGUAACCCCUUCAAAUCAUCUCAUCUGUACGUCUUCCCUGUUUGAAUCUGUUUCAUUGCUAUUAUGUGCUGUCAGAGGUGUUCUCUCUGCGUUUCCACAUGAAAAGCUGGGUCAACAUGUUAGUGCUUCACCUGAGAUACAGAGAACUUGAUUACCCAUAGCAGGGCCUCUUGAAUGGCACCCGACUUCUAGUCUAGCUGUUUUCAAACACAAAAAACUAUUAUAGACAGAUGGAAAAUAUAUUUUCAUUGAGAUAGGCCGGCCAUUCAAAUCUCUGGGUUUUUAUUGUAUUUUUUUUCCCACACAUGAUUUAUUUAAAGAAACUUCCAAUAUCCUUGUGUGUCUUAUCUGUUUGGACUGUGAGCCAAAAGGUUUAUAGACUGGCAUGUUCUGUGGUGUCUCCUGCAGCCUCUGGCCUCUUCAGUGAAGAUGAGUAGAUCAUGAGUACAUCACCUUCACGAUCGUCUCGAUGCCAUGUGCCAAUCUUUUCAGCGCCACGAUGACAACAGAGCUGUACAAACUGGAUUCUUACGGACGCUCAAAAUGUGGUGGUCAAAACAUGACUCAACAGUUAAUAGAACUAGACAUUUAGUUAUACCUAUUAUUGUAGGUAGUUUCAUUGCUUCCGUGCUAAUAGAUGAUGUGAAAGGCAAAGUUUUUCCUUUUUUACUGCGUAUGAAGUUAAUAUAUAUUAUAAAUUGUAUUAGGAGCUGCCACUCGCCCUCCCCCCAUACUAUUUUUAGUGUAGUCAUGGUUAGUCUGUUAAUUUUCUUUGUUUUUUUUCGUGUUUUUUGAUCCCCUUAAUUAACAGCAUUUCAAGGAUUUUGUAAAGAGUAGGGGGGUAAGGAAAAGGUUUUUUUUAUAAAAUAAAUGUUAUUCGUCAUCGUUGUCAUUUCACAUUUCAGCUAAGAUCCAUUUUGAACAUAGAAAGACAAAAUGUAAAUCAGGGCCUCAAACUUGAAUAAAUGUGUACAUUUUAAGCA